AUGAGUCUUAAAGAUUUAUUAAAUUAAGGUACAAUGAAUUUAAUUGUAUUUUAGGAGAUACAUUAUAUUAUUUGAAUAUAUACUCAGAAGCUCUUGAAUUUUAUGAAAAAGCUAUUUCUAUUAGUCCUAAAAAUGAUGGGAAGUCAUAAGGGUAAUUAAUUUAUAAUAUAACAUUUUAGGAUUAUCAUUAUAGAAAAAUUGAAUUAAUCCUAAAAAGCCAUUUAAUGUUGCGAUAAAGUAUAUUAAUCCUAAAUAUGAUAUAGGAUAGAUUAAUAAGACUAAAUAAUUAUUAAAUAUAAUUAUUUAGGGUUGGGAUUACAUAAACUGAAUCGAUAUUAAGAAGCAACUGAAUGCUUUGAUAAAGCUAUUUCUAUCAAUCUUAAGUACUAGUUCACAUAGGUUUAUAAGGGUAAUAAAUUUUAAUAUUCUAUCUUAGGAUUAGCACUAGAUAAAUUGAAUUAUUGCUAAAAAGCAAUUGAACGUUCCGAUAAAGUUAUUUCUAUCAUUCCUUAAUCUAGAAUUUUAAGGAUAAUUAAUUGUUAAGUAUGAUUAUUUAGGAUUAACAUUAUCUAUUUUUUAGAUCGAUGUAAGGCUGCAAAUAAAUUUAAUCAAUCCUAAUUAGCUAUUGAAUGCUAUG